AUGGCGCGCGGGUCCCGGCGGCCCAGCCCCCGCCCGCAGGCCAGCCCCCGCCGCGCUGCGGACGGAAGCCCGGACCCCAGCCUCGCGCCCCGCCGCGGCUCCCCGCCCUGCGGCACCGCGCGUGCCCAGCGCCUCCGCCGCAGCCGGAGCCGCGCCCCACACCCCACGCCGCCCCCGCGGCCGCGCAGCCCCACGCCCCGCGCCGGCCGCCGCUCCGCGCGCCCCCGGCCCCGCCGCCGGCGCCCCCAGCCGGCGCAAUGCGCCGAGCAGCCCCCGCCCGUCUCCCGGGGCAACCGCAGGACGCCGGGUGGUGCCGCGGGAGGCGGGAGCCCGGCGCGAUCCUUGGGGCCAAUCCUGGGCGCCGGAGUCCGCGCGAGGAAGGGCGAGCUGCCCGAGGCGAGGAUGGAUUCCAGGGAAAGGAAGAGGCUGCUGUCCGCCUCCUCGGAGGGAGACUGGAGAGAAGACAACAAAUUAAAGCGAGGAAUUUCCCAAAACUUGUGCCCUUCACCCAGAUUAGACAGAUACAAAAUAGCCAAACAGCUGACGGAGAAGGCGAUCAAGGAAAAGAAGAUCUUCUCCAUCUACGGACACUACCCCGUGAUGCGGGCCGCCCUGCGGAGGAGGGGCUGGGUGGAGAAGAGGCUGCACUUGCCGCCCACGGUCCCUGCCAGCGGCGAGGGCCAAGGGGCCACCGAAGGCCCAUGUGCUGAAGGCAAAGAAAACCAGGAAGUGGCCGUCGAGGAAACAGACGACAUCCACGACGUGAUGUCCAGGUUGGUGAAGAACGAGAUGCCCUACUUCCUCUGGACGAUCAAGAGAGACGCCGUCGACUACCACAGCCUGGCAGGCAGCCAGGCGCUGAACCACUACGGGAGGACGGCUUCCUUCACCACCAAGAUCGGGCUGUGCCUGAACCUGAGGAGCCUGCCCUGGUAUGUCCAGGACGACCCCGACACCUUCUUCCCACGCUGCUACGGCCUUUGCUCUGACAGCGAAAAGCAAGAAUUCCUGGAUGACUUCCGGCGCACGGCGGCCUCCAGCAUCCUCAAGUGGGUGGUCAGCCAGCAGCACUGGGUCCCGGGCAAGGCCCAGAGCAGGACGGGGGAGGAGGCCGGCGACGGCGACCCCGGCAGCCAGAAAGGCGCUGAGGAGGACGCGGGGCCACCGGGCCUGCCCGGGCAGCUCGUGGGCCGGGCCUGCAGGGCGUGCCGGGCCUACCUGGGGCAGCUGGAGCACGAGGACAUUGACGUCUCCGAGGACAGGGGACUGACGGAGGAGGAGUGGCGGGAGCUGACCCAGCAGUACUACUCCCUCGUCCACGGCGACACUUUCAUCUCCAAUUCCAGAAACCACUUUUCGCAGUGCCAGGCUCUGCUGAAUAAGAUCUCGUCCGUGAGCCCCCAGACAGAGAUCGACGGGCUUCGGAACAUCUGGAUCGUCAAGCCCGCGGCCAAGUCCCGGGGCCGAGACAUCGUGUGCAUGGACCGCGUGGAGGAGAUCCUGGACCUGGUGGCCGCAGACCACGCCUCCGCCAAGGACAACAAGUGGGUGGUGCAGAAGUACAUCGAGACCCCGCUGCUCAUCUACGACACCAAGUUCGACAUCAGGCAGUGGUUCCUGGUCACCGACUGGAACCCCCUGACCAUCUGGUUCUACAAGGAGAGCUACCUGCGGUUUUCGACACAGCGCUUCUCCCUGGACAACCUGGACGGCGCCAUCCAUCUCUGCAACAACUCCAUCCAGAAGCACCUCAAGAACGACAAGGACCGCAGCCCGCUGCUGCCCUGCCACAACAUGUGGACCAGCACCAAGUUCCAGGAGUACCUGCAGAGGAAGGGCCGCGGGUCCGUGUGGGGCAGCGUCAUCUACCCGUCCAUGAAGCGGGCCGUGGCCCACACCAUGAAGGUGGCCGCGGACCACGUGGAGCCGCGCAAGAACAGCUUCGAGCUCUACGGCGCCGACUUCGUCCUGGGGCGCGACUUCAGGCCCUGGCUGAUCGAGAUCAACUCCAGCCCCACCAUGCACGCGUCCACGCCCGUCACGGCCCAGCUGUGCGCGCAGGUGCAGGAGGACACCAUCAAGGUGGUUGUGGACCGGAAGGGCGACCGCAACUGCGACGUCGGCAACUUCGAGCUGCUGUGGAGACAGCCUGCCGUGGACCUGCCGCAGGCCCACGCGGCCGACCUCUGCGUGGAAGGCGUCAGCGUGCGGAGAGCCCGGAAGCACAUGCCGCCCACCUCCAGCCCUCGCUUCUCGCCACCACUCCUGGACAUCCAGCCGCUGAAAGUGCGGGGCCCUUUGGCCACGCCCGGCCUGGCGCCCGCACCCCUGCGGACGGCUGCCCCGCAGCACUUGAAGCUGAAAGACGGAAAGCGCGAGUUGGGCACCGAGGCCGAGGUGUGCGUCUCACUGGGCCCCUGCGCCCAGGUUUCCGAAGGAGCCAACCGCACGUGGCCUGGGACCCGUGCUGGGCGCGGGCUCGGGGCACAGGAGCGAAAUGCCACAGCCGGGCGCCCACCGUGUCAGUGUAACUGGACGCCUUAG